AUGGAGGCGCCGCAACCCACCCCACAAGACGUAAAGCGCAAAGCCGCCCGCGAAGUCAUCGACAUCCUCCACGAAAUCGCGACGCUCCUGCGCCGCGACGCGCAAACUCCCGAGAAACAGCUGCUGACAAGCCGGAUCACCGCACUGCAGAACACACACCUCGACCGUCAGCAAUUGUCGUACUGCGUCUCGCUGAUAGAGAACGGUGCCAAUCCUGAAGCUCUCGCGAAAGUGAUACGGCAGCUCCGCGAGGAAUACCCCGUCGAAGAUAGCGAGUAG